GGAUCCGUGUUUUGCAUCGCUCCUCAAUUUGCAUUUCUUCCUCAGAUUUUCCGUGCGGCGCUCCAGCGGUUCCUCUAGCUAGAAGAAGGCGUACCACCGUGGCAAUAUACAUGCGCCCUGCGUUUCCAAAACAAUACGCACAGUAGAACCCAUUGGAACAUUUGAAUAAUGUUGCCGAAGCUUUCCGAAAGUAGAAAUUGAGCGUUUCUUUUAUCAAUUUGGAUCAAUCGCGUUUGGUUGCGCACCAGACAAGACACGUGCCUUCGAGGUAAACAGACGGCAGGACUGGGCAGCCAGAUAGUAGCCUUCGUUAUAUUGUUUUUCUCCUACGUUAUAAGCGGCUAUACGCGGUUAUAACGCCACCAUAGUGGUCGUAGACGUCGAGCGGAGGUACAUUUUGUUUUCGUUUGUGCACCUUGGUUGAUCAUUGAGACGCAGUUGGACAUGUCGGAAGUACUACAAGACAAAAUGAGUCAUUAUGGAAAUGAGGAUGACGAGGGACACCUUUCCUUCACCUGUCGCCUCCAAGACACCAACAACUUCUUCAGCGGUUCGCAGGGGGGAAAACGCCCGCCCAAACUUGGACAGAUAGGCAGAAGCAAACGAGUUGUCGAGGACGAGAACGGCGUUGACGAGGCGCUAAAAAACGGGACAGAGAAAACACAGACAGAGGCUUAAACACAUCACCCCCCGGAAGGACAUUGAUUCUCAUUUUCUAUUUGAUAUUUACAAUCCAAAGACACUGUAUAUAAGCACUUUUACCCCAUGUGGCAGCAAGCACUUCCAGUCCCAUCUCCUCUCUCUCCCAGUCCUCAUGAUGAUCUCCUGGGACGUUUACUGGCAGGAUGGGGAAGCAGCCGAGAUGGAGACAGAAGCAGAGAUGGAGACAGAAGCAGAGAUGGAGACAGAGGCGGAGACAGAGAGAGAGAUGAAGACA